AUGGCCGGAUCCUCCCCGCCUAACCGUACCCGAGCUCGCCGUGGCUCGAUCUCGCCCGACGAAGUGAGGCGACGGUAUGAACCGACCGGCAGAGGGAGGAAGGGAGGUACCUGCGGUGGUGGCGGCGGCGCCCGGCGACCAUCUGGUUCUGAUUCGGCCGCGUCCGGCUCCUAUUCAAUGUCAGGUAGAUCUGAUUCGAUCGCGUCCGACACGGAAUCCGGGUCAGACAGAGGGAGCAGCAGAUCGAAAAAAACCAGGAUGUCUAAGCGGCUCCAGGGAGAGGAGAUACAGGCAAACUGCGCCCGCAAAAGGUCACGACCUUCUGAUCAGAAGCACCUCUAUCUGGUGCUGGAUGACUGGAAAGAUGGGUUCAGCAUUCACAAGAUUGACGCCGACGACGAUGACGCGGACCUUGGCCAGCCACCGGUCCUCCGGUUGGUGUCGCCGGCGCCUGGCUUUCCAAUGCGCUUUGCGGUCGUGGGCAGCAACAUCGUCAUCGUCACCAACCCACGCUGUGGUCAGGCUCCCACACUUUUCUAUGAUACGAAAAGAACAGGACUCGCCGUCGGCCCUCCACUCCCCGGUCCACUGGUAGGUGACUUCCACACCUCCGUGGCCACCGCGGACAUGCUGUAUGCGCUGAGUUUUCACCAUAGGAAUCAGCAGCACUCCUUUGAGGUGAUGUCUUGGGAAGAAUCUCCAAAUCCUUGUACCAUGAGCUGGUCAUGGAGAAGCGUGCCCUCACCACCCCCGUUCGAGGAGGAUGAAUGGAUCGCCUCCUACGCCGUGCACCCCGAUGGACGCACCAUCUUCAUGUGCGGGGUCAACAAGUACAAUCUCAAACGCCGGACCUUCUCUUUCGACACCAGGUACUGCGAGUGGAGGUUUCAUGGGGAAUGGGCCUUGCCUUUCCAAGGCCAGGGCUACUAUGACAGCACGCUGGACGGAUGGGUCGGCCUUCACGAGGAUGGCUACAUCUGCGCCUGCCAAGUCGCCCCCCGCAGCCGCCGCGCAAGUACCAUACAGCCCGAGUGGAAGAUUGUCAAGGGGAAGUUGUUCCACAAGGUCCCGGAGAGGAAACGAGCGGCCCCAUAUGCCACUCUAACAUACAUGGGCAACGCCAGAUUUUGCCUUGUGGAGUGUGUGGUGCGCGAGGAAGUGGAGUACGAGGAUGCCUUGGAUGAUUGUGAUGGUUGCAUGCUCCUUAUGACCAGGUUUGGCCUCAAGUACUCUCAUAAUGGAGAGUUGCAAACCAUCAAUCGCACCACCGACUCCCAUGUGUUGUCCAAGCAUGUCACCGGGUUUUCACCUGUAGCGUUCUGGAUGUAG